CCGAACCUCUCCUGUCCGCGACGUACGAUCUCUCCGAACCCUACCGGUACUAACUCUACCGCGACGCGUAUUGGACGCGAUCUUUCAUCAAAUAAACAUAUCCUCUCAUUAUCCCUGCACUUUCUGAUCACCCUUUGUAGUUUGUCAGUCUGUAAUUAAGUCAAUGUAAAGUUUUUGUGUCUAUAAGAACUUGUAGAUAUAAGUAUUUAACAGUUAUUAUUGGAUUGACUGAACAUUAAAUAAAGUCGGUGCGUGAAGGAUUGGUCCGAUUCUUGAAGAAGUGAAAAGUGUCCGGUUCGGAAAACAACCGGCCCGAGUCGCCACGCCGAUUACAUCUAACAAGUAGAUCUGGAUUCCGCGUCUCUGUACUUAUAAAGAUCCUGUACAACUCAAAGGCGCUUGACGAUCUCUCUCCCGAAAACAACGUUGCUUGAAUACGCUUACUAACAUCUUACCCUGCCUGCAGUGCGUGCCAAGAGCCCCAGAGUCCCAGCCAUUAGAUUGAGUGGAGUGUCCCCUGUGCCCGCCCACACGUAGCCCCGUACGCCGCCAAAAUUCCGCGAGACACGUCGGACUCAUCCUCCAGCAUGGAACUGGAGAAAGCCCCCACUCUCCAUGAGGAGGACUCCAAAGUCACCCUCACUAUCAGACUGAUUAUGCAGGGGAAGGAAGUUGGCAGUAUUAUUGGGAAAAAGGGAGAGAUUGUUAAGAGAUUUAGAGAAGAGUCAGGAGCCAAAAUCAACAUAUCUGAUGGAUCGUGCCCAGAACGCAUUGUCACCGUCACUGGCAAUACAAGUGCUAUAUUCAAGGCUUUCACACUCAUAUGCAAGAAAUUUGAGGAGUGGUGCUCGCAGUUCAAUGAAGGCGGUGGCGGUGGGUCGCGUGCACCCAUCACCCUGCGCCUUAUCGUGCCCGCCUCUCAGUGCGGCUCGCUUAUCGGGAAGGGUGGCUCCAAAAUCAAGGAGAUUCGGGACGUCACUGGAGCCAACAUUCAGGUGGCGAGCGAAAUGCUGCCUAACUCGACAGAACGAGCGGUGACGAUCAGUGGAACCUGCGACGCCAUUACUCAAUGUAUUUAUCACAUUUGCUGUGUCAUGCUAGAGAGCCCUCCCAAAGGUGCGACAAUCCCGUACAGGCCAAAGCCGAAUGUAGCUGGACCUGUCAUUCUUGCUGGAGGACAAGCAUACACCAUUCAAGGAAAUUACGCAGUACCUGCACAGGAUGCGGUGUGCACGCCAGUGUUCCCCCUGCUGGACGUGAAGCCUCCGCUGGUGGGCGCGCUGCCGCCGCAUCACCUGUUGCCGCCGCCGCUCCACGAACACCACCUUAUGGGAGGACUUGCAAAAUCGCCACUCGCUGGCUUGGCAGCUUUGGGCCUAGGUGGACUCGCACCAACGAACACCGGAGGACUUAACCCAGCAGUCGCUCUCCCAGCCCUGGCAGCGCUGGCUGGCUCCCAACUGCGCACCUCCAACCAAUCGCGUAACCAACCCGCCACCAACCAGCAGUCGCACGAAAUGACCGUGCCCAAUGAGCUUAUUGGAUGCAUCAUUGGCAAGGGUGGCACCAAGAUCGCUGAAAUCCGCCAGAUCUCUGGCGCAAUGAUCCGGAUAUCGAAUUGUGAGGAGCGCGAAGGCGGCAGCACCGACCGAACCAUCACCAUAUCCGGCAACCCGGACUCUGUCGCGCUUGCGCAGUACCUCAUCAACAUGAGUGUGGAGCUACAGAAGGCGAACCUGGAGGGUAGCUCCUCCGGGGGCUCGUCCGGAGGAGGGUCGUCCACGAGUCCCCUGGCCUCCGCCAUCCCCCUCGCGCAACUCCUGACCAAGUCCGGCGCCCUCGGGGCCCUCAGCUCGCUGUCGGCCCUGGGCGGCCUCACCGACCUGCUGAGUGGCAGCGCGCCGUCGCCGCCCGUGCAGACCACGGGCGUGCACCGCAGCCACAAGGCCUUCGCGCAGCGCCGCCAAGACGACGACGCGCCCGCCAAGACCUCCAAGGAGCGGAACAAAUACAACCCCUACUAGACUGGCUCGCCUCCGCCGGCGAUCCGGACCCGUUUGCGACUGAAAUUAUCCAAAGAAUCGAUCGACCGCUCACCGACUCGGUCGGUCUCGUUAGGGUUGACACGACGUUUUUUUGGAUGUUUAAAAGUCGAAAAUAUCCAAAAUGUAGCUUUUAAGACUAACUUUCGGAUAAGCAGAAAUCAUCUUUUACUUGUGACUAUCUUAAAAAUAAAUCACUGUUUUGCACAUUAGUUUUGUUACUACUACAAUCAUGUAAGGGAUAUGGACAUCAUCAUUUUAUGAAGGACAAACAAAUUUCAACCCUGCAGGCCUAGGAUUACGUUUUAAAUGUUACGAAAGUAACUAUUUUUAAUAUUUUUAGUUUACUAUUUUAAUGUAUUCGAAAUAAUUUAUGAAUGGAUUUGUGGUGUAUCCUCUCUUAAUUUAUUCACUUGUUGAAAACUUAAGAUUUUUUUUUUACUUUUUUUGUCAUUGUUUCUGUUUGUAUCUAUAUCAAAAUUUAAUAAUUUUCUUGAACAAUAUCAAUUUGAAAUUUUAAUGAAAAUCAGAAGUGAAGAACCGUUACUGACUAAAGUGCAGUUGUAACAGUCACUGUCAACACGAGGCCAUUGAGUUAUCUAUUCACAUUUUUUUACAGAACAAGAUUUCAAUUUAAUACGAUUAAUAUCUAGGGAUUGUGACAAUAGUAGAGAUUACGUAGAAGCUUAAAUGCUGUAGAAUAUACAGAGUGCUUCGCGUUUGAAUAUGAAUAAAGUCUAUUGAGAAUAAAUACAGGGAGUCUAUAAAACAUCAAGCUGUACUUCAAGACUUGAAUACAUAUAUGAAAUAGAAAAUAGGUGCAGUAGUUUCGAAUAGAUCACAAAUUUUAAGGAGAAUGAAGUAUAAAAUAGCAAUAAUAGAAUUUUACGAAGUAUUGUUUGAUGAUGACUCUGUAAAUAAAUUUUAUAUGCGAAAAAUUACGUCAUUCGGUUUAUUAUAAAGGGUAUUGAUUUGAGCAUUUGUUUUUUAGAAAAAAUACAUGUUUGUAUGUAGUAGAACGCUUUCUAUGCCUUUAUCUUAGUAAUGGGGAAGACUACAUUCUGUUUCUCCAGAUAGAUGUUGUCAUGUUCUUUUUAAUAUCAUCGAAUUCUACCCUAAAAGCUUUUUAUCGUGGUAAUUUGACUUCAAAUGUGAAUAUAAUGCUUACGCUUAUAACAUAAGGCCCAAACUCGCACAUCUCGGUAUUUGGCGUAUGAAUUUAUACGAAAACUUUUCUAAAAGAAUUAAUACACUAAUAUGGUGUUUUUAUUGAUACAAAGGUCUAACAAACACAAAGAAAUAUUCCUUCGAUCCGAUUGGAUUUGAACCAGCGGCUGUUUGCCACACCAGGGCUAUACUACUGGCGUACUUUCUGGUUCAAUUCUAGACGGAUCGAAGGAUUUUUCUUUUAUUUGUUCGAUAUUUGUAUCAUUAAAAGCACUAAACUAUUGGAGUACUUGCACAAAAAAUAUAAUGAAAAUCAUCAUGAUGUUCAAUAAAAGAAAUAUAGCAUAAAUACUCAUGAGAAGCCAAUCGUGCAUGAACGGAGCAGGGCUGAUAUCAUGACUCUGCUCUCUCGUUGACCUUGCUGUAAAAGUAUACAGCUCUGCUUUUGCCUCCUCAUCGACAACGUUUUCUCUAAACGAUCUGUUCAAAUCAAAACCACACUAUCACUUGCGGAAUUUUCACCGUAGAUCCUCUAGACCAUCGUGUGUCACCAUUUUGAUAAUUGAUUCCUUGACUUUAUUAAUUUAAGGUAAACAAGAUCUUGUGAUUUCUAUGAGCUGGAAAAUAGCGUAGCUCUCGAGUACUAUAUUUAUAAUUAUUAUUAUUACUUCGGUAGUAAUUUUAGUAGUAUACUAAACUAAUGCGGUAGGGUCGAAAGCCAUCGAGUGCGGUCGGCAUUAUGCGUAUGCAAAGCACGAGUUUUAUGUAUAAUUACAGCUCCACUUACUUCAAGAUAUUCUUGUUCGAUGAUUGCAGUUGUGAAAAUUUUUCAAAUAGAACUUUUAAAACUGCGGUGACCACCUAUAAAGAAAAAAAUUAAAAUAUUAAAACAUUCAUACUUCUACCUAUACAUUAUCUCCACCUUAAUCGGUGCUAAUUUACAAAGCAAUUCAAAAUUUUGUCUAACAAUAUUUUCGACGGUACUUAAAUGUCACAAAAAUAAUGCGAAUCAUUUAUUAUUUACGCCAUACGAGGCUAAAACCAUGUAAAUAGCUAAUUUCUCCAUUUUACGUAUCAUAUUCUGAUAAAGCCUACAUCGAUCGGUUUGGUACCCUGUACUAAAAUUACUCCCGUGAAUUUUAUCUAUUUGCAAUUUCAAUGUAGAAGUAUGUAUAUUUGUAUAUCAAAUGACGAUGUAAAGGCAAAAUUUUUGUUGUUACAUAGAAGUAGCAAGGGAUAGACAGCGCGUAGUGUCCACUGAAUUUUGCCUUUACACUGUCUACACACUUAGUGCGAAAAUAAAUGAUCGAGGUCCAAUUCGAGUUUUCUAGAUUUACGCAUAGUCCCACAGGGAACGCAAAUAUUUCGCUGCCAAUAUAGAUUUAUUUGUAAUGAAAAUCAUGUUAAUUUUAAGGUAACAGACAUUUUCGUAUCGUUUCAGGAAUUAUAUUACUCGCUAGAAUCGUUAAGUAAAAGUGUAUUGUUUUAAGUACAUACUUAAUAAAAAUGUAAAACUAUUACUUCGUUUUUCAUUAAUACUGUUUGCUGAUUUUUUAAAUUGUAAUUGAAACCGUAGCACAGGUAAUGUGUAAUGUACAUAUAUGUGUCCGAAAAGUUCCUCAAGAACCCGCCAUAUCCUGCCUACCCAGGCACUAAAACAUUCCCGUGAUAUCCGACACGCUGACCUCGGCUACCGAGUACCUUCAUCCCACAGCUCACUGGAUCAUCCAAUUCCCGGUAAGAAGCUUCCUUUACGUUUUAAUUUACAUCCCUCUUCGUCUCUGGGAGUAUUUACUCGCUAACUAUUUGAGCUUGCUGACCUUGUUAAAUCCUGUGAACGCUCCAAUUCCACAUUCCAACAAUAUAUGUAUAACGA